AUGUCGUCGGGCAAGGUUAAGGCUGGAGAGCUCUGGAACAAGUCCAAGGAUGAUUUGACAAAGCAGCUCGGUGAGCUCAAGACCGAGCUUGGUCAGCUUCGCAUUCAGAAGGUCGCUUCUUCCGGCUCCAAGCUGAACAGAAUCCACGAUAUCCGCAAGUCGAUCGCUCGUGUCCUGACCGUCAUCAACGCCAAGCAAAGGGCUCAGCUCCGUCUGUUCUACAAGAACAAGAAGUACGCUCCCCUCGACCUCCGUGCCAAGCAGACCCGUGCCAUCCGCCGCCGCCUAUCACCCGAUGAGAAGUCCCGCGUGCUCGAGAAGACCAAGAAGCGCACUGUCCACUUCCCUCAGCGCAAGUUCGCCAUCAAGGCUUAA